UCUCUUCUCUGCCUUUCCCUAUUUAGUACCCCCAUCCCCAUCUCUCCUCUGCCUUUCCCUAUUUAAUACCCAUACAACUAGAGAAAAAAAGGGACUUAUGUAGAAAGAGCAAAAGAAUGUACUGAAGUUGAUCUAUUCUCUCUCUCUAUUGCUGUGCAAAGUCACACACACACUCACACUUUGCAAGUUCUAUAGCUCAAGGAGUAGAAGAAAUUAAUGGAAGUAGCCAUGGAGGUUGAAGAUGAUGUGUUCUUUGCAGACUUGAACAAGCAAAUCUCUCUUCUAAUCAUGGACGACGACGACGGUGAUGACCCGGUUGCCCAUUGUCCUUCAGUUUCUCUCCAGGUUCUUCACCACCCUCCCUCCUAUUUCUCAGUUUACUUGGAAAGGGCUUCUCUAGAGCAGUCUAUCCUGCUGCACAAGCACAAGCACAACCACCACCACCACCAUUUUCCUACCAGCAAACUUGCAGAAGAGAAAGCAAAGGAACUGGUGUGUUCAUCCCACAGUCGUCGCAUCCGAGAAGAAAGAACAGGCAAGGGAAAAACAGCUCAUCCAACAACACAAAGUUCCAAAGGCACUCUGAUAACUCAAGCGGUCCUCCUCAUGCAUCUUUCAUGAACAUCCCAUCUCAAAAUUCGAUUAACCCUAAGAGAUGUUGAGUAUAGAUGAUGAAGAAGAAGUGUAUAAUUUAGUCAAUAAUGGAUGGUUUCCACUAGUGUUUCGGAAGACUUUGUAUGUUGACCAUGACCAUGGAAAGGCCAUGGGAGGUUCUUGUAAUGAAAUGUAUGGUUGCUAUAUAGGAUAAGCUUAUCUUGUUCAUUUAAUGCUAUUGAUUAUAUGAUUGUUUAUUUUUUGAGAAAAUCUUCUAUUAUAUUAUAUUGUUAUUGUAAA